CAAUUGCCGACAGCCAACGCCCUCGGUUCAUGGUCGGUCGCCGCUGUCCCGCUUGACUCGACCUGCGACUUUGUUCCUCCAUCUCGAAUCUCGACAUCUCGGCAUCUCGAAACCAACGCCCACCACCCAGCGCAAGCCGUCGCUGCGCACACCUCCAAUCGCCACACACAUCUGACACCCCCCCAAGGCUCUCUGGCAGGCCUUGCCCCCCUCCACGAUGGGCGCGCUUCUCUCCUUGCCGCUGAUGGCGGUUCCCAGCGUCGGCACGCUGCUUUCCUUUGGGGCCACCUGCUGCGGCGCCGCAACAUGCUCCAUGGUCUGCUCGGCCUGCGGAAAGUGCGGCAACAGCGUCGCGACCCGCAUCGGAUACGCCCUCAUCCUCCUCGUCAACUCGAUACUGGCCUGGAUCAUGGAGACGUCGUGGGCCAUCGACAAGCUCCAACACCUCAUGCUUGACUAUGUCAAGAUCAACUGCCCCACGGGCCAGUGCUACGGCUGGCUCGCCGUCCACCGCAUCAACUUCGCCCUCGGUCUCUUCCACCUCGUCUUCGCCGGCCUCCUCUUCGGCGUCAGCUCAUCCAAACAGCCGCGCGCCGCCAUCCAGAACGGCUACUGGGGCCCCAAGGUCAUCGCCUGGCUGGCCCUGAUCGUCAUGUCCUUCCUGAUCCCCGACACCUUCUUCGUCUUCUGGGGCAAGUACAUCUCGCUGGUGUUUGCCAUGAUGUUCCUCAUCCUGGGCCUGAUCCUCCUCGUCGAUCUGGCCCACAGCUGGGCCGAGUACUGCCUCGAGCAGAUCAACGAGACCGAGUCAAAGGCCUGGCGCACCGUUCUUGUCGGCUCGACCCUUGGCAUGUAUCUGGCAUCUCUGGCCAUGACCAUCAUCCAGUACAUCUUCUUUGCGCGCUCGGGCUGCUCGUCGAACCAGGCCGUCAUCACCAUCAACCUGAUCCUGUUCUUGCUCGUCUCCUUCAUCUCGGUCCACCCCGCCGUGCAGGAGACCAACUCCAAGGCCGGACUGGCCCAGGCCGCCAUGGUGGCCGUCUACUGCACCUACCUCACCAUGUCGGCCGUGUCGAUGAAGCCCGAUGACACGGACGACAAGCACUGCAACCCGCUUAUCCUCGCCCAGGGCACACGAACCACCUCGGUCGUCAUUGGCGCCAUUGUCACCAUGUUGACGGUUGCGUGGACGACGACGCGAGCGGCAACGCAGACUCUUGGCCUCGGAACCUCGCGCGGCGGUGCCAUCAGGCUGCCCGAUGACGACGAGCACGGACUCGUGACCACGCAGCCGGGAAGGCGGGAGAUGCGGGCCGAGGCUCUGCGCCGGGCCGUCGAGGAGGGCAGUCUCCCCGCGGAUGCACUUCUUUCGGACGACGAGGACGACGACAGCACAGGGGGCGGCGGCCGCCACGACGACGAGCGUGCCUCGACGCAGUACAGCUACACCAUGUUCCACAUCAUCUUCUUCCUGGCCACCGCCUGGGUCGCCACCCUGCUCACCAUGAACUACGAGGACUCGACCAAGGGCAAGGACGGCGACUUUGCUGCCGUCGGACGCACCGUCUGGGCCUCGUGGGUCAAGAUUGCGAGCUCGUGGGUCUGCUAUGCGCUUUACGUCUGGACCCUUGUCGCUCCUGUCCUAAUGCCCGACCGCUUUGACUCGUAAUGAAGGCGCCCCGAUCAUCAUGGUCGCGUCUUUUAUACCAACUGUACACCAAGCCAGCAUGGCUAUUCUUUCGUCUCCUACUCUGUCGUCUCAUAUCCUUUAUCAUCUCAACUUCCUCUGAAGAACAAACUGUACAUGGACACGGGCAGACCGUGUUAUCCGUUGUGUGCCAAGUAAAGGGACGGGUAGCGCAC